AUGAGUCGUCAAAUGUGCGGCGAGUGCAAGCGCAACACGGAGCUGGUACACGACCACGCUGCGGGCGACCUCAUCUGCGCCGAGUGCGGCCUCGUCGUCGAGGCGCACAGCGUCGACGAAACUUCCGAAUGGCGUACUUUUUCUAACGAAGCCGCUAAUACCGACCCCGUGCGUGUCGGCGGGCCGACAAAUCAGCUGCUGACAGAUGGCGGGCUGACGACGAUGAUCAGCGCCGGGAAGAACGGGCAGGGCGGGGGGGAUCUCCCCGGGCGGAAAGGGUGGGCCAGCCAGGGCUCGAACCCGGACCGGGACUUGAUAAACGCGUUUCAGUCGAUAGGCGACAUGGCGGACAGACUGGGCCUCGUAGCCACUAUCCGGGACCGUGCGAACGAGAUACUCAAGAUGGUGCACGACUUGGACUUGAAGAGACCGUGCGAACGAGAUAUUCAAGAAGGUGCACGACUUGAAGAGCAUUCGCGGGCGCAGCAACGAGGCCACCCCUCGCAUGCCCUCACGUGCCCUCCCACCCUCACGUGCCCUCCCACCCUCACGUGCCCUCCCACCCUCACGUGCCCUCACCCUCACGUGCCCUCCCACCCUCACGUGCCCUCCCACCCUCACGUGCCCUCCCACCCUCACGUGCCCUCCCACCCUCACGUGCCCUCCCACCCUCACGUGCCCUCCCACCCUCACGUGCCCUCCCACCCUCACGUGCCCUCCCACCCUCACGUGCCCUCCCACCCUCACGUGCCCUCCCACCCUCACGUGCCCUCCCACCCUCACGUGCCCUCCCACCCUCACGUGCCCUCCCACCCUCACGUGCCCUCCCACCCUCACGUGCCCUCCCACCCUCACGUGCCCUCCCACCCUCACGUGCCCUCCCACCCUCACGUGCCCUCCCACCCUCACGUGCCCUCCCACCCUCACGUGCCCUCCCACCCUCACAUGACCUCUUCCCCUCAUAUGCCCCUCCUCACUGCCACGUGUCACUCUCCCUCCACCACACGUGCAGAGAUAGGGUCAGCAGGCAACAACAUAUCAAAGAAGGAGAUAGGCCGAGCGACCAAGUUUAUAGUGAAGCAGCUAGAAGCGGAUAUGGGGGCGGUGGACAUGGGAGCGGUCAAUGCAGGCGACUUCAUGGUGAGUCGGCUCUUCCCCAUGAUGAGUGAGUGGGGGCCCCCUGGGAGGGACCUCACAUACCGGCGCUUCUGUUCGCAUCUGGGCAUGAAGGGAGCGCCAGUGCAGGCGGCAAUAGGGGUGGUGCAGAGCACAGAGCAGAUCGACAUGCCCUUGUCCCUCAGUCGGCGCUUCUGCUCGCAUCUGGGCAUGAAGGGGGCGCCAGUGCAGGCAGCAAUAGAGGUGGUGCAGAACACAGAGCAGAUUGACAUCCGCACCAGCCGAGCGCCCAUCUCCAAGGCCGCUGCCGCCAUCUACAUGGUCACUCAGCUCUGCAGCAACCCCGUGCCCACCAAAGGUAGUGUAACAGGGAUGGCAGAGAGUGGCACCAUGUGCACCAGCUAUGAGGGCCUUUCCGUUUCUCUCCCCUCUCCUCCUCAAAUGCUUCUCUUCCUCUUGCCUUUCCACUCCCCCUUGCCGCCAGACAUAUCACACGCAAGGGCACGGCUGAGGGGACUUGUGAGUCGACUCAAAAACAUAUCGAGGGCAACGGGAGUGGCAGAGGGCACCAUCCGCAACACGUACAAGGACCUGCUGCCCUUUGCCUCGCGCCUGCUGCCCGAGUCAUACGCCAAACCAGAGGACAUUGCCAAGCUCUCCCCCUCGUAG